GGGGCUGCUGGAGUGCUGGUAGGACACCCGUUUGACACUGUUAAGAUGACAGAUAAGCCUCAUCACGGGAGAGUUACCUAGUUCGUCUACAAGUUCAAAAUGUAGAGAAACCUCUCUACCGUGGGACCUUCCAUUGCUUUCAGUCCAUCAUAAAGCAAGAAUCUGCUUUUGGACUCUAUAAAGGUAUCGGGUCACCAAUGAUGGGACUUACCUUCAUUAACGCGCUUGUGUUCGGUGUACAAGGAAAUACACUUCGUGCUCUUGGAAAAGACACUCCUUUAAACCAGUUCCUUGCAGGGUCAGCAGCAGGGGCCAUCCAGUGCGUCAUCUGCUGUCCCAUGGAGUUGGCCAAGACAAGAAUGCAGCUUCAAGGAACAGGUGAAUACAAACUAAAAAUGAAGAACUACAAAAAUUCGCUGGAUUGUUUGAUCAAAAUCUAUCGAAAGGAAGGGCUGAGGGGUAUCAACAGGGGCAUGGUCUCUACAUUCAUAAGAGAGACUCCGAGCUUCGGCUUUUAUUUCCUGACCUAUGACUGCAUGACCAGGUAUUUAGGCUGUGAAGCUGAAGACAAUUACGUUAUUCCCAAACUGCUGUUUUCCGGGGGGAUGUCGGGAAUCGUGUCCUGGCUCUCCACCUACCCCAUGGAUGUGAUCAAAUCCCGGCUUCAGGCUGACGGAGUCGGAGGCGUCACGCAAUACAAUGGCAUUUUAGACUGCGUCAGAAAGAGUUACCACGACGAAGGCUGGAGGGUGUUCACAAGAGGUCUCACUUCCACACUUCUCCGUGCUUUUCCCGUCAACGCAGCUACUUUUGCUACUGUCACAGUGUUCCUAAUGUACAUGAGGUCAGAAGACAACCUUCGUGAAUGUGAACCAGGUCCAGUAAUCCAGCAGCCUUCCAGUUUGUGA